AUGGCUCCUGCUAUGCCAUUUCAAGCGGAUGGUAGCCGCCCCACAAAGCGUCAGAAGACUGCUCUCGCCUGUAGCAAUUGUCGAGCACGCAAAGUACGCUGUGGCGGAGAGCACCCUUUUUGUGUAACAUGCGUUUCAAGGAAAGAAACCAGCACUUGUGAAUACAUCGCGACGACAGUUGUUCGAGUCCAGGAGGCCCGAGAGACAACAACGGGCCGUCUGGACCGUGGACAGUCUAAUGAUGGACCUCACUAUUCGCAGAAUCAAAAUCAGACCUCACCAACGCCUCUGGCUACCCGUCAGUCGUUUGAUUGGAAUGGAAAUACCAUAGUUUGUGACAAUACGUCCUCAACGGCACUACUUCCGAACCAUGCUACCUCAUCAACCCGUUACAGCCCAUCUCCACGUAGCAUUCAUUCCAUAUCAAACUCGCCCAAUGUGGGCCGCCUUCAACAAGGAGAACUUGGACUCUCGAGCUCUGGAGGUUUCUUACAGACACUCUUACCUGGCGCCGAUACGACUCUACGCCAACAAGGGUCCAAUAGCAGGCCACCUAGUAAGCAGCAAAAUGCAGCUACGCUGGCAACCCUUGGAAUGCCAAAUUCAUCGGCUUCUUACAAAGCCUCCGGGGAAGACUUCCUGCUGCCCUCUAGGAAAGAACUGCACAGACUAUUAGACAUCUAUCGGAAAUACCACUAUCCGAUGUAUCCACUCCUCGAUUUGCCCAGGUUCAUGUCUGAUGUGGAAACGAUCUACCUCGGGACGGAUAGCACGACAGAUCAGCGUACUCUCCAUUGCCUAUUGAACUUCAUGUUUGCCCUUGCAACGCAGAGUCAUCAACCACCUGAUUCCUCAGACGAUGAUCCAGCCGCUCCUUACUUUACCAGAGCACGAAAUCUUCUUUCGAUCAACAUUCUCGACGGAUGGUCUUUUGCUCAACUCCAGACAACACUCAUAUGUGCCCAGUUCCUUUUGAGUACCGAUCGCCCUCAGCAGUGCUGGCUCAUGGUCAGUCUGAGUGCUCGCAUUGCGGAGUGCCUCGGACUGAACCGUGUUUCGAUCUUGGACGGACUUCAAGAUGACUUGGAACGUUCACUGUCGAAACGUGUGUGGCAUUGUUGUGUAUUGAUAGAUAGAGCGGUCGCAAUGUGCCUUGGUCAGGCGCCGAUCGUGAGUCUCAACGCAACCUCAUAUAUCAAAUUGGACGACGAUGUGGACUCGGGAAGUGGUUCUCGAGUCACUGAUGGCAUUCGUGCCGAUCGAUACACAGCACAUACGUUUUUCAAGGCUUCAAGCGAACUGUUUGAUGUUCUCCACGAGAUACUAUUGAAAGUAUACGUACCAGAGGCCAAGCCCCAAAUGAGGACCAUCGCUCCGGAUUCAUUCGUAUCUACGGUGACUUCGAUGGAAGAGAAACUUGCACGGUGGGAGGACAACCUACCUCGCCAUCUGAAAAUCUCCAAUACAUCACCAACAACACAGGGAGGUCCAUAUUUCUUGUGUCAAGCUCAAACUCUGAGACAACGAUAUCUACAAGUAUGCAUCAUGCUCUACCGUCCUGGUCUCGCCGAGCUCAUUUUGGCGGAUCAUGAUUCUUCUCGGACAACAACUUCACUGGGCCUCAAACAGUCGACCCUUUUGUACAUUACUUCGUCGUGUCUCAAAAAUGCUCAAGAAAUGGUGGGACUAUGCAAAGCGCAAAUCAAUGGUCACGCCGAAAGUACCAUGCUUACUCCGUGGUGGAUGAACAUAUUGUAUAUUUAUACUGCCGCGACGACAAUUGCCGUAGCGAUGCACAAGCAAGAUGUGGUCGCUACACUCGAGCCGCUGGCUCUGAAUCAUAGCAUGGAAGACGCACUUGGCUUGCUAACUCAAUACAGCGUAUGCCGUCCAUCGGCAAGACGCUGUCUAUCAACCCUGACAUCUAUUGCGCCAUUCAAGCAUCCUGUCUCUUCUGAAUACAUGGGUGCGGCCGAUACGGAACAACUCAUUUCAGAUCUGCGCCAACAGGGCACUCGAGAGUCUAGGUCUAAUACUCACAACAACCCUGUCUACGACAUGACGUUCCCACCACCACCUGAUUCUCAAAACUCAAUCCUCGACUUCCUUUCCGAAGGAUGGCUGAGUCAACCUCAACUAGACAGCUUUGAUUUCCUGGGCAUCUAA